UCGAACUUCAGCCAUGCGUAGAAGGCGGUAGCUCCAGUGGGCACCAUGUGAGUUGUAGUCCGUCGGAGUCCUCAAUCAGCGGCAAGGCUCGACACAGAGGAGCGCUGAAAGUGAGAGGAUUCCCGUCCCGUUGGCGGAGGCGAUGCGUCUUGCAGCCUUGCUAGCCGCUGCGGCCAAGGUACCGAGGGGCUACCGGUAUGGUACCAACCGCCCCUGGACGACGGCAGCACAAAGGAUGAACCCUCCUGGCAGACAGCGCAGGAAGGUGUUUGUGGAGCCCAUCCAGGAGUGGACUGUAUUCCGGGGAGACACGGUGGAAAUCCUCAAAGGGAAAGAUGCUGGCAAGCAGGGAAAGGUGAGCCAGGUCAUCCGAGCUCGCAACUGGGUGAUUCUGGAGGGGCUGAACACGCACUACCGUUACAUUGGACGGACGGGCGAGUACAGGGGGACAUAUAUCGCCAGCGAGGCACCGCUGCUGGUGACUGAUGUGGCUCUUGUUGACCCCAGUGACCGGAAACCAACUGCCAUUGAAUGGAAGUUCACAGAGGAGGGGGAGAAGGUUCGAGUCUCCACGCGGUCCGGACGCAUCAUUCCCAAACCCGUAUUCCAGAGGAAGGAUGGGAUCGUGCCCGAGCAGUGGAAGGAUGGGCCGAAGGACACCAGCGUUGAGGAUGCGUUGUCCACCUCCUACACUCCUGCCCUGAAAACCUUCGAGGAAGACAUCAUGGAGAAGAUGGGCGUUGUUGAGACUGCCCGGCACCGCAAGUCCUUCUGGUACUGAUCACCGGCUUGAAUGGAAGUUGCAGACUUUUAUUAAAUUAAAUCAUUCCUUUCCA